AACCUCGAUUGCCUUUCUUCAUCAUGCCUUCAUUCAGAACCGUCUUCCUUGCUUCUGCAUGCGCCGNNCUCGCUCUGGCUGCGCCUAUCAGCGACAUCAAGAAACGUAGCGAGACCAUCACGGACAACCAGACAGGCAACUACGGCGGCUACUACUUCUCCAAUUACGUAGAGACUGGUGCCGACACUUUCACUAUCGGCACUGGCACGUACAACCUCGCCAACACUGAUGUUGUUGCUGGUAUCGGUUGGCAAACAGGUCGUCUUCGCGGUUCGGGAACUUCGCUGAAUAUCUUGCAGCNNACCAUCAACUACUCUGGAUCCAUCAACGCUGGUGGCGACAGUUUGAUUGCCCUCUACGGUUGGACGACUGGACCUCUUGUCGAGUACUAUGUCAUUGAGACCUACGGCACUUACAACCCCGGCAGUGCAGGGACUCAUUUGGGCACUGUCACUACCGACGGCGGUGUCUACGAUAUCUACGAGACCACGCGUACCAACGCACCCUCUAUCCAAGGAACUGCUACAUUCCACCAGUACCUCUCCGUUCGCCAGAGCAAGCGUACUAGUGGUACCAUCACCUUCCAAAACCACAUCAACGCCUGGAAGUCUCUUGGCUUGAAUCUUGGUGCCUUCAACUACCAGAUCAUGGCCACCGAGGGCUACGAGAGCAGUGGGUCUUCCUCUGUCACUAUCAAC